CCCAGCACUACUAGUAGCAAGGUACUGUCAGGUACCUUGUGCCUUGUAGUAUACCUGGUAAGUACGCUCACUCACUGGCCUGGUGCACAGCCUGCGGUUCUCUACAUACAUGCAUGUCGACGGGAACCUCAAGUUGCUCACACCAAAAGAACAUCCUCAAGUACCUAAUACAGCCCCUUGAUCACCUUCCAUCAUCGUCUUCCUCACCCUCUAGUCAAGCCUACAGCACAAUUGCCACGCAGUCGUCUGUCUACCUGGGUACCUCCCUGUACUAGCCCAGCAGUCCAGUGUCGGCAAACACACAGCCUGAGCCAUACUUCUACCAGGUGAUCACUUUGCAUGAGAUACGCCUCGCAGAUCACGUCCUCCUCUCGACGGGCCCAUCAAGCUGUCACUGUCACUAACCGUGUGUCAGUCCACGUCUCUUUCGAUCAACCUCAUGUCCUUGACAGCAUUCGAAAGCCAAACAGCACCCAACCCGACCACAGAGCAGUCUUUCAUCUGUGCCGUGGCUGCUCUAGAAUGUGUCUCAUCUUCUCACUCGCACGCAGACACAACGACAAAAUCGUCAUCACUUGCACUCGGGCCAGUCAUCCAUAAUACCUGGGUGACCUCACACCUCACACCCUUCGUUCGCUCGCAUCGGCCACAAUAAUAAAUAAUGAAAUGUUAAAAUAAAAUGAACUCAAGCCGCUCCAUCCCGGUCCCACAAAGCAGCCAUCAUGACGAGGCCAACCUCCAAGGCGGCCCAACGGCUAGAGACUAACCGUGAGCCGCCGGAGUUAGUCAGACCCCGGAAAACUGUUAGCCUCGAGUCCGAAACCACCGGUCCUCCAACAUCCAAUUUCCCUUGUUGACUGGAAGGACCCAUAUUCAAUUUGCCCAAGAUAAAAGGGCAAAUGGGGACCACAUCAUAACACGACUCUUCUUAUAGCCGCGUCACGACCAUGUGCGGCUGGUCUCACAUUCAAGGUUGUAUAUGUUCACUGCUCGGGAAGAUGCAUGGACUAUACUCGACUGAUCACCACUACUAAUAAUGUAUCCUCCGUAGGGGGGAUCUCAUCAAACUCUCCAAAAUUCAUUCCCGUUUCAAGACCUGAGCAGGAAAGAUCCUACACUCCUGGGCAUUUAGGGUGAUUUGGCAAGCCAGACUUUGCAUGGGCCUUGCGCCGACAGCGAAGUUGCUGUGAUGCCGUAAGGCUUAUCAACAAGGGCAAGGCAAAGAAGAAGAGCAAAGAUGGACAACAAGAGAGAGAGCCUACACUCGGAGUAUUUACGGCACUCUCCUUUACCGCUGUGGCAGAUUACAAGCUGAAGAAUUCCUGGAUACUCGAUUCAGGCUCUGAUAUUCAUGUCUGCAACAAACGAGAGAAUUGCACACGAACCAGAGACGCAACAGAAACCGAUAUACUCAUUGCAGGAAUGAAUCGAUAUCCGAUCGAAGCAUUCGGAAGCGUUGAGAUACGAGUAUCGACGAAGGAUGGGAUCAAACGACUCACACUCCUCGACGUCGCACUUACCCCAGGCUUCAUGACGAACCUAGUCUCGCUCUCUCGGCUACACAAUAAGCACGUCAAUUGGAAUACGCUAGACGGCUCGUUAACACUAAAAGAUGAGCACCUUUGCUACGUACGGAGACGAGACGGGCAUUGGAUACUUUCCGACGACAACAUUCAACCUCUAUGUCCGAGUAUUGCUGAGUCAGAACUCGCAAAGAUCUUCAAUCGAAAAGAGACGAAUCACACCUCCCUAUACGACCUCGUUGACAUGGUCAGAGGCGUAUAUCGAAACACGAAGCAUUCAUCAAUCAACAAAGCUUCACACUCUGCUUUUAGCGCAACAAAAGAGGACAAAGGGAAGAAGCCCGAAUGUCUCUGUGGAUUCAAGCACUACUACAGCGAGUGCUACUAUCUUAACUCAAUGACAAGACCUGACGGAUGGUCUCCCAAUCCAGAUGUCAAUCACAAAGUGCAGACUAAGCUAAACAACAGUUAUGACGGAAUGAUCAGUCCAACAGGAACCGUGCAAGUACCACGCUAGAUGCAUUCGCUCUGUGCUCUACCCGGGGCCCAAGAACCUUGAUUAUACCUCAACGCAUCUCGUCUGAAGACAAUACUUAUCACAUCCAUUUCAGUUUCCAAUGGCCAAAGCUCCCGCAUAGUCCGACUGCCAGUUAUUAUUGGCAUCCACCCGAAUUUUUCGGAAAAGCAAGGGUUAUGCAGUGGUAUUCGUCGUCGUACUACCGAUAAAGACAACUUCCACCGCAGCCAGGCUAAAGGGAGCGAGUCAGUAUGGACCAAUCAGCAAUAUGAGAACAACUGACGCGGUUGUGGAGGCAAACACUUCUUUCAUGUUCGCAGCGGUGCAGAAGGCAAGAAUCAAUCCAAAUGCUGCUGUCAAAGCAAUGGUGAUGCCAAUCCGACUGAUUGUGGUACGAACAUAGUACAAUAUCAGGAUUGUCACUGCCGGCGUAAGUGACGCCAGGAUGGUUGCGGUGAGUUUGAAGAGGAAUCGGAACUUUUUCAAGGUCUCAUUGUUGUAGACACGGACACCCUCCCACCCGGGUGCCUGUUCGACGCUUGAUGAUGACUACAUGAACAUGUUACCGUAAGUAUUAUACCAGAGGUAAACUGUCAUGUCCAAAAACGAACCUGAUGUUUGAUUCCCCAUAAUUCAUGAUACCAGUCGAUCAGUUUAGGACUCAACCACUUUUUCACAUCUGCCAUUUCAGAGUCUGCGUCGAGGUUUCGCACAAGGGAGACAUAUUCAUGCGUGUCCGAGUAGUGCCACGUGAACCUCUCGAGUGCUGCUAGGAAUACGGGACCGUCUUUGUCUUGCACGCUCUCUUCAUCCAAGCGAUCCCGAAGAAAGCGUAGAUUCUCCUCGAGAGGAGGCUGGAGCCCUUGGACCUGGGCACCUUUCAGGAGCAACGAGUCUGGGGCGGCAGCAUUAGCACAUUUCCAGCUCCGAGUCUCGAUGGCUCGGAUUUCCGGCGUGGACUUGGACGCACAAUACUCUUGCACCUUCUGGCGGCUUCUCCUCAAAAGCUUCAGCUGAUCAUCAUCUGGCGCUCUGGAUUUGUGAAGGGUGAAGAACUGCCUGGUACGUUUGCGAGUUUUUUCGUCCUGUGAAGCAUCGUCAUCUUUGCACGUCUGCCAUAGUUGAUCCUCGAGAUCCAGCAGUUCCGCUUGGAGACUCAUGAGUUGAAACGCCGUCAGUGCUGUAAACUUUCGAAAUAUUGCUGCGUCGGGGAAUUGUUCCAUCAAUCUCGCUGCCUUUGGAUAACCCUUCAGCGUACCGUCUGCGAUUGAUCCAGCAUGGUGGGUCGUGCCCGCUUGCGUCGUUGUGUUUGUUGCCAUUCUUCAUUCUCUAUUGCGUCCCAGGAGCUCGAGAGUCUUCCCUUGGCGAUAAUGGUAAACAGACUCGGUGCAUUGCUGUCGGCUUUGAAAUCACGAUAAGACACCUGGCUUCGCCAGACUUUGCCGCUCGGGCCCAAAAUUAGCAUCCCUGCCAAAGAUGCAGUAGGUAGAUCAUGAGAGGCCAUUCAAACGACGCUGAUAAUCAUGGAAUCGCCGAGAGGCACAUCAACUUACAGUACGAGGAACCAGAAGUGGCGCUCCCAGCGACCCAGUCCAUGCCAUGAUUCUUCAUGCACAUCUGUGAGGAGAUUUGUACCUUAUACCUAGGUAGGUAGGUACAGAGUCAAGAUGCAGCGGACUAGGAAGAGGAGGUGUGCCAGGAAGACGUAUCGGAAUAUGCCACGUUGUACGGGGGAGGGGGUGACAGUGGCAGCUGUCGACAACAUUGGAGGACCUCAGGCCAUGACACUUUUGUAGUAUCGGCAUGCCUCGUUCAUUCAUCGAGUUGGACUCCUACAAGUCGUCCCCGCAAUACAAAAGAAAUACCUACCAGGUGACUAAGGUAUUGUACUGCCGCAGCCUGUGCUCUCCGUGGCACAGCAGUGACACUCUUGAGUUGUAUGGUGUCUCUCACUUUCUUGAUCAACCAUGGCCGGAGUGGAAGGACUUGGAGGAAUUCUGACAGUUGCGGAAUCACUUUCGGUAUAUGUUUCUGCCAUAGAAGCGAUCAGCAAUCUGGGAGAACUGAAGGUACCUUCGAAUAACUGCGGACUGCGAGGCACAGGGUAUGCAUUACUCUUUGCCGAGCUGGAGAUCCUUCAAGCCAUUCUCUCCGAGUCGGCACAGUUACUGGGAGCAUCGCACAGCACAGUGCCAAAGUCUGCGCAGCUUGCGUUACAAGGGUGUUUGACCACCGAAGCCACCCUUCAGAAACAACUGCAGAGCGAAGAAGCGAGGAGACACUGGCUGCGUUUCAAGGAUGGUUCCGCUGGCCCCUCUAAACGACUACGAGCCACCAUGGACACCUUGAGAAUCUCCAUUCUCUUAUUCCGAGAUAUCGCGACAAAUUACGAAACACAACGUCUUCUGCGAUCUCAAUAUGCCAUUGCUCCAGAAAAGAGCUUGGGCAAAACCGAGCUUCCUAGCAAGACCGUCCUUUCCGAUGAACCGAAUGUACAGGCUACCAAACAGGACCGCGAAGCAACCAAGCUCGUCUCCGAGAGAGACUUUUCGGUAUUUGAAGCCGAUGUUCGAUUCAAAGAUCUCGAGACGUUCUACGCGAAGGGCAAGAUUGACACAGGGUCGGACGUAGAACUCGUCUCGUUGGAUCUGCUACAAAGAAACAAUCUGGUUCAACAUACCACCAAGCAGAAUACACCUAUCACUCUAAAGACUCUGGACGGAGGAACCUUUACCCUUGACACAGAGAUAACUCUGAUAUGGAGCCUCCCCAACACUCCCAAGACUUACCAAACCACCUUCUAUGUCAAGGACGUGCAUCAGUUCGAUUUGCUGAUCGGUAAGAAGGUCGUGCAAGACUUGGACUUGCUGAAUCGGAACAGAGACGUACUGUUUCAGACUGUUCUGAGAAUGGCACGGAGCCGUGACAAAGCCGAAGAGCAGAGAAGAAGAGCCAUUCUCGAUGAAACGGCGAAGGAAGACAUCGACGAAAAGCGCCGCUUGGAAAAGCUGGAAAGAGACAAAGCCAAGGCAGCCAGACGUGCAACCACCCCCCGAAGGUGGAAACCUCCACCCACCGGCAAUGUUUAAACCUUCUGCUCAGAACGCCCACGCUCCGGGGGCCGUCUACGAGCUCGUACCUGCGCUUCUCGCCAGAUGCAUGACCCAGGGUGAGCCAUAGCUCAGCCUGCGACAACUCAAGAGCGAGGUUGAUCAUGAGAGACGGAAGGGAUCAAAUUGAACGUCAUGGGCCUGCGAGAAGAACGUACUAUGGGGCAAGGAGCAAUCGUGAAAUUGGAAUAUGACUUGGAGCACAGAGGAACUCGAGACGAAUGUAAGGAUCUGUUGGUAAGGAAAAUCGGUCUAGUUGGCUUGAUUGAUCAUCUAGCUCUACGAGUCCAAGGGUUUCAUUUUAUCCGUGCCACUUGGGGAGACCAUGAUGUGGCAGGGCGGCCAGGAGCAUGUUGUCGCGGCAGGAAAGGCAAGUCCGCGACAUAUGCGGCAUACUAAUCCUCUCCGUUCCUUUACCAGGUGUCUGCCGCUCUGAUAUGCUAUUGUUCCUUGGAGUAAGUGUUCAAGGUAUCAUUCAUUGAAAAUGAUCUCAGGUCGAGAACAUAGCCGCAUUAUGGUCUUGUCUUAUCCACGAUUGUCCAUUCUAGGCAGCACCUGAUGGCUGCAUAAGGGUUUCAAGAGCACUCAUGAUGAUCGAGCAAGAAAUCCGGAACUGGACACUUCUGAAGCUUUGAAACUCCAGCAGAUGGAAACCCGAGGAGGACAACCUGUCACCUCUGCAACGGGCCAACGGCUAUACAUUGUACAAUAACGUCCUCAGGGUGCUCAAGGUGUCCCUCAGCGUUCUGCCAAAGUCCAGGCUGUCGAGCUCAGGACUGCGCACCGAACAGCUCAAAAGGGAUAGUAUGCAAAUUUUGACCCCUCCCAACUUUGAGAAUACCGAGUAAGGAAGAGCGGCGGUGUACAAGACAGGCCAAAACGUGCCAGCCUAGAAGGGGAUGUACCUAGGUAGCUCACCCAGUAACAUUCCGAUUACCGCCCCUGACCACGGCCAGGAAAUUAAAACCCCAGACCAUUCACCGUUCUACAGUGUAUCUGUUAAAACAACAUUUUUUGGGGCAACAGUGAAGCCAUCGUUGCCAGGGAAACACUGUGCCAUAUCUGUGUCCCGCCGUUUCGCCUUCGCUUAACAAAGACAUGGUCCAAACUCCAAAAAGGUAAACAAAGCGCCAUCGAGGUGUUGUCAUUCUCGUCAUAAGUGGUUGUUGUCGUACCACAAAAGUUGUUGAAAUUCAUUGUUGAAAUUCACUGUCAUGGGAUAUCGUCGAGCCUGACGAUUCCCAAGAGUUCUUGUGCCAGCCAAACAAGCAACAAAUUUCCAUUUUACACCCCAAAGACAACAUGCGGAAGCUGAACCGUACAGAGCAACUGUGUCAGAUGCCGUGACACCAGCGCCCACAAUUGCAGGUCACCGUCGGCGUUAAGACAAAUCAUGUGCGCCUGUGACCGCUUAUCCGUUAUUUGUGGCCCCCCGCGUUAGAUGUAUGGACAUCCUGAGCAUCGCCGCCGUUACUGCUGGACUUGGUGCUGUUGGGACUGCAGCUGCUUGCACACGUCGCCUCGGGCGACGGACACUCUCCACCGUACAGGAGCUUUUCCAUCGCCAUGACCUGCUUCCCAUAGCUGGUUCGUCUCAGUGCCGGAAAGUUGCGUUUCAUGUCCUCUCUCAAGGCGGAAAGCUCUGCGCCUUGGAGUUGGUCAUGGACCUUUUCUGCUCUGUUGCCAUACUGGUCCUUCAUGAGGCCAAACACGGGCGUGUUUCCCUGCUCGUCUGGUGCAGUCAAUGUAUGAAGUAUCUGAGAGCGUUGGUCUGCGUCGGCGUGCUCGAUGCUCUUUUCCACAAUGUUGCUCGCAAAUUUAUGCUUGGAGAAGGCCAAAACAUGUUGCAGAACGACGUCGACGACACGGCGCCGAUCAUGAGGGUAUGUUCCAGAAGCUCAUCCAAGAUGGCACGCUUGGCUUCCGGUCGGCAGUGUUCGAGCAUUCUUUGUACCACGCGGCACCCGUACUGGUGCGUCGACAUCUUGAGCAUCUGACCCCGGUGGGCAUCGACAAUGAAUUGAAUAUGUUCGCCGGGUAUUCGUUCGAUGGCCUUUUGCACGACAUGAUUGCCGUUGUUAUCCUUGACGACUUUGAGAAUCUGCUGAUUCGGCCCAUCCAGUUCCUUGACUAAACUGGCCUGUUGGUCGGUCAGGACGUGGUCGAAUGCUUUCUGUACCACACGACAACCGUACAUCUGCAUGGAAAGCUGGAGAACGUGGCCCUUCAUCUGGUUCGCCAAGGCCUUCUUUUGGGCCUGGUUGCCGUGCUCAAAUAGCUUCUGAAUCACGUAAUUGCCAAACACGUCCGUCAUGAGUUGGAGGACAUUAGGUUGGAUCUCUUUGAAGAUCUGCUCCUUCUCGUCACUGUUGGCCGUCUCCAGCUUCAACUGUAUGAACCGAGAGGCAUGCUGGUCGCCACUGAACUCGACCACGUGGUUGUAAAUGUCUUUGAGCUCAAACCGCCGAUUGGUCUUGCCGCUUGCACGGAACUCUUCAAGCAGUGGACUUCUGGCAACGUGGGUCUGGUCGGCCUCACGUGCCAGCAUUCGCGGAGCUGUCGGAUAGCCAUUCAGACGCGGAUGUACAGGGGCAACGUAUGGGUGAGCAAGUGGGUUCAUUCUCAAAGGCUGAGCAGUUCGCUGGAAGUUGCAAGGAAAGCCAUUUGGCAUAUGGGUUGGCAAUGUAUUCUGUGUGAAAUGAGGAAAAUCGGGUCCGUACUGUUCCAGGGCAGGAUGCUUCCGGUCGCCCAUCGGCGAAUCGUUGUAUGGGGCCCGGCUUGCAAUACCAUUGGCGGAAGUGCUUCGGCUAGAUUGGGGUCCCGUUGGUGGUGUGCCCGAUGUUAAAUACGCUGGACUGUGCACACUACUCCUUGGAUCCGUCGUCAGUGGGGAGAGAGCUUCUCGCCCACCAUAUGGCAGACCAGAGUAAUGAGGAACGAUCUGUUGGUUGAGUUGACAGGCGAUAGACGGAAUAUCGCCCGGAAAUGCAUGAAACCUACUUCCCACGGAGCUGAAAGGGCCGGGCUGAGCCGAGACGUGUGUCGC